CAGCGGCCGGCGUGGGUUCUACCGGUGCAUUCAACCUGAAUCCAAGCGUUUGGACGCUACUUACAUCCGUCUAUGCGACAACAGAACGAGUUUUUCUUGCUUCCCGGAGAGAAUUUCACGUUUCCAAGCUCAAAGGAGCCUUGUAGAAAGCGUAGAUUGUACAAGAAGAGUAGAUUUUCCGAGAAAUAACCUUGGUAGCAGCGUUUUGAGCUAACCCCUGUCCGCCAUGUCUCACCUGAAGUUUGAGAACGACGUGAACCAGCUUCUGCGUCUGGACUCUGCCUUUACGGACGGACCUGUGCCGAGAUGGCAGCGCAAAGCUAUGGAGACCAGCAGGUGCAGUGGACCGAGUAACAACACAUCGCUGAACUCCAGCUGUAGGAACAUGUCCCUGAAUGUGUCAGGCUGCACACCCAUGAAGACAUCCAACCGAGGCUCCGCCAAGACUCCCUCCCACACACCUGGCAGGGCCAAGACACCCAAGAGCGGCCGCAAGUCUAAAACACCAGGAAAACCCAAGACCCCCGGUGGAAAUGCUAAGACGCCCAAAACCCCGACAGCCGACCGCUUCAUCCCCAACAGAAGCGCAUCAAACUUCGAGCUGGGACAUUUCAAGUGCAACAAUGACAAGAUCCAUGUAGAUGAAGAAGUGCUCAGCCCCUCCAAGCAGCAGUACCAGGAGGUGAUGAGUGAGAACUUGAACGGAAACGUCGUCAACAGCAAAAUCCUCGCCUACAAGAACAAGGCACCGCAGGCUCCAGAAGGCUACCAGAACAACAUGCGAGUGCUGUACAGCCAGACUAAGACUCCCUCCUCCACCAGGAAGGUGACCAGGCACAUUCCUCAGGUCCCAGAGAGGAUCUUAGACGCACCGGAGAUUCUAGACGACUACUACCUGAACCUGCUGGCCUGGAGCCGUAACAACCACCUAGCGGUUGCGCUGGGGAACAGCGUUUACCUGUGGAACGCCGGGACAGGCGAGAUUCAGCAGCUCAUGUCCAUGUCGGGGCCCGAGGACUACGUCUCCGCUGUUUCGUGGAUCGCUGAGGGGAACUUCCUCGCGAUCGGCAGCAGCAAUGCUGAAGUACAGCUGUGGGACGUUGCUGCCCAGAAGAGAGUGAGAAACAUGACCAGUCAGUCCUCUCGGGUCGGGUCUCUCGACUGGAACGUCUACAUCUUAAGCAGUGGUUCCCGCGCUGGCACGAUCCACCACCACGAUGUGCGGAUAGCGGACCAUCACGUGGCCACGCUGGACGGGCACACACAGGAGGUCUGCGGACUCAGGUGGUCACCCGAUGGGCGCUACCUGGCGAGUGGUGGAAAUGACAACCUGCUGAACAUCUGGGGUUACCAGUGCACACGGGAAGGGAACACCCCCAUACAUAGCCUUACACAGCACCAGGCAGCAGUCAAGGCGCUAUCGUGGUGCCCGUGGCAGCCCAGUGUGCUGGCCAGCGGAGGCGGGACGGCCGAUCGCUGUAUUCGCUUCUGGAACGCCAACACGGGGCACUGCCUCAACACCGUGGACACCAAGUCACAGGUAUGCUCCAUCCUGUGGUCUAAGGAGCACAAAGAGCUGAUAUCAGGACACGGCUUUGCCAACAAUCAGCUCAUCAUCUGGAAAUACCCCACUAUGGCUAAAGUCACGGAGCUCACAGGUCACCAGGCGCGUGUGUUGCACAUGUCGAUGAGUCCGGACGGCACGACCGUGGUCUCCGCCGCGGCCGACGAGACGCUGCGACUCUGGAAGUGUUUCGCCGUCGACCCGCAGAAGAAACCAGCGCAGAAAAGCCACCCGGACAAGAAAACCAACACUCUACUGCGGCAGCAAAUCAGAUAACUAU